AUGCAUAUAUUUUGGAUCCCUGACAAAAAACCCAGCAACACAAAAGUACCACCGCUGCCACCAGAGCUGAUAUCGACCAUACUCGAUCACACACCGCGAUCUGAUUUAACACAGCUCGCCCAAGUGUCCAAAUCAUGGUACGCCGAGGCCAUGCCACGACUCUAUCGCCAUCUCUAUGUUUCCACACCGCACCACUGGGAUUGUCUCGUCCGUACCAUGGCGAAUCCCGACUUCACCAUGGGCCAAUACGUCCAAUCGCUCGUUCUCCGGCCGUCACCGAAACUUGCUCCGUCUUCUCGAUUCAGUAAGGUGUGGAAGCAGCACGGCGCACCACCCGGCUACGUUCGAGUAGAAGCUAUUGAUUUCAAUCGUACUGGCUUGGAACAUAUCGACGACAAUUACCCAGAACUCGACACGACUCAAAAAGAGGCAGAGUGGCUGGGCAGUAGCGUAUCGCCUAAAGAUAUAGCCGUCGUUCUUGGCCGGUGCGCAUCUUCGAUUGCCUAUAUCGACGUGGGCGGUUGUGAACGACUCGGUGAUCAAGUUUUAGAAUAUUGCAGCAAAAACGGACCACCAUCAUCAUCAUCAUCUUCUUCUUCUAUAACACAACUCAAGGGAUUAUGGGUACCCUUGGUGCGUGGUAUCACGCCGGCGGGCCUAUCUCACCUGGCCACCAAGGUCAAUCCACAUUUACGCCACGUGGAUCUCUCGUUUUCUUUGAAAAUCACGGACGAUGCGCUGAUUAAUGCCGUGGAAUGCUGGCCCAACCUUACACACCUACGCCUCAACUCGCUGUAUCAUAUUACGGACGCCAGCAUCGUUGCUAUUGCACAAUCCUGCCCAAACCUCCAGCUGUUAUAUCUCGUCCGAUGUUGGCACGUUACCAACGACGCACUUGCGGUGAUUGCACAAAAAUGCCCUGAACUGGUCUAUGUCUCGGUGGCCUUUCUCAAUAGGACAACCGAGGAAGGCGUCGGACAGCUUAUCAAGCAGCUCCCAAAGUUAAGAUGGAUCGACAUUACCGGAUGCGGGAUCAACUCUUUGUUCAAGCCAAUGUUUAUUGGAUCUUGGACAAAGGCUAGACAGGAACGCGGGUGGGAUACAAUCGAAUUUAAUGAUUCAACAGUUGCUCUACUCUAA